UCAGCUGUGUUGUACAUACAACACGAGUGCACAAUGCCGAUCGACCAGAAACGUAUUAACGGUCCAGACGCUUCUACGCCGUAUGAUAUUUAUAUUCACUCCGAAGUGAAAGAAGAUGGGAUACAACCCGGUGCCCCGAAAAGGCACGACGGCCGUUCAAAUAAGGAGCUUAGAAAUAUCUUUGUGAAAACAGGCAUAGUUAGUCAGGCAAAAGGUUCGGCUUAUAUCGAGAUGGGCGACACCAAGGUCAUCUGCUCGGUAUUCGAUCCCAGAGAGGUGCCGAACAAAACUGGCUACUGCGUGCAGGGGGAACUGUUUUGCGAAUUCAAAUUCGCACCCUUCUCUCAUCGCAAACGGAAAUUACAUCAGCAAGAUGCAGAGGAAAAGGAGUACAGCUCAAUACUGCAAAGGGCUUUAGAACCAGCGGUGUGUCUGCAAGAGUUUCCUAAUUUUCAAGUCGACGUCUACGCGACAGUUCUUGACAACGGGGGAUCCGCGCUGGCCGCGGCGAUAAUGGCAGCUAGUCUAGCUUUGGCAAACGCUGGAGUGCCGAUGUUUGGUUUAGUCACUGCAUCCACCGUUGGCAUAUGCGAUCGGACAUAUUUAGUGGACCCAACGGAUGCGGAAGAAAAUUUUUGUUCCACAAAGGCUGUGCCAGGCACGCCGGACGAUCACGGAAUCAUCGUGCAAGCCGCUCUUCCACAGCACGGCCAAAUUUCCGAAAUGUUCGUGAUAGGCAGCAUCGACAUGGAUACCAUUGAACGUUCUAUGGAUCUUUUGAACGAUACUCACAAGGAUAUAUGUCCCAUACUAGAGCAAUGUCUCGUAAAAACUGUGUUCAAAGCAUUUCGCCCAAGCGGCAAAAGAACAGAUAAAAAAUAAAGAUAAAAAUUUUUUAUCCUUA